AUGGCAUCUACGCUCGUUCCCGAACCUGGCCUGAUCCUCUCCCAGUACCAACGCAGACCCAGUGCCUCCCACCUGCUCACUAUGGCCAAUCAGACUGCAACCCCCUCCCUCCUGGGCCUCGCCCAGGACAUCCUCCAGCAGACCGAGGCCAUCACCAAGUACCUCCAGGCCAGCAACCGAGUGGCCCCAACCUUUACCCUCGACUCGCCAGAUCCGCCCCAUCAGGCGCCGGAAUACCGUCGUCUCCAUGCCUCCCUCAAGGAUUCGCUCGAGGACCUGCUGCGGCUCAUCGAUGGCCCCCGCAAGUGGCUCCGGGCCUUUUGCUGCACGGGCUACGACCUGGGGGCGCUGCAGAUUGCCCUCGACUUUGACUUCUUCCAGCUGGUGCCGGCGGACGGGGGCAUCGCCCUGGACGAGCUGGCCGGCCUGGCCGGCCUCGAUGUGGACCGCACCGCCCGCGUCGUGCGCCAGCUCAUGACCUACCGCAUCUUUGAUGAGCAUCAACCACGCAUCAUCUCUCACAGCCGCACCUCUCUGGCCUUGCGGCAGGACGAGCAGCUGCGGGCAGUCGUGCACUACUCCCUCGACGAGAUGCUCAAAGCGGCAGCCGACUGCAACGUUGCACUUAAGGCCCACCCCUACAAGGCGCACCAGGACCUCAACCCGUUCGUGACGCGGCAUGGGGUCGGCAUCUUCGAGUUUUACCAGAAAAACCCGGCCAAGGCGCGGCGGUUUGCCAAGGCGAUGGCUGGGCUGCGGAAGAUGGAUGGCCAUCUAGACGAUUUGUUGACGGAGAGCUUCGACUGGUCUGCGCGCCAGGGCACCGUGGUGGACUGCGGCGGGGGGAAUGGUCAUAUCUCGCGAAGCCUAGCACAGCUGUAUCCCCGGCUAAACUUUGUCGUCCAGGAUUCCAACGUCGACAUGCUCGCCGAGGGCCGUGAAUCUCUUCCAGAAGCUCUCCAGGACCGCGUGGUUUACACGCAUCACAGCUUCUUUGACCCCCAGCCCGUCAGAAAUGCCGCGGUCUUCCUGAUCCGCCAAUGCACGCACAACUGGGCGGACCAGGACGUCGUGCGGAUUUUCCGGGCGUUCGUCCCAGCGCUGGAACGGUCGAGUGAGGAGACGCCGCUGCUGAUCAACGACAUCAUCAUCCCCGAGCCCGGCGUCUGGCCCCGGCACGAGGAGCGCACAGUGCGGCAGGUGGAUAUGGUAAUGCUGGUCAACUGUGGCGCCAAGCAGCGUACUCGAGCCGAGUUUGCGGCGUUGCUCCACGAGGCCGAUGCGCGGUAUGAGAUCCGCAACGUGUUUGACAACGGGCCCCUGGGUCUGAUCGAGGUGUACCUGAAGCGAUCUUGA